AUGGCUUUCGGCACUAUCUACACUUUCCCCGGCGACCAGCCUCGGACCAUCGCUAUCAAAGCGGUCGCUAAGGCCAACAACCUCGAUCUCAAGAUCGUUGAAGAGCCCAAGACCCCUGCCCACUUUGCGGUGAGCAAACUGGGCAAGGUUCCUGCGUUUGUCGGCGAGGAUGGCUUCAUGCUCUUCGAGUGCAUGGCCAUCGCCAUUUACAUCACCUCCCAGAAUGAGGAGACUACGCUCCUCGGAAAGACGAAGCAGGACUAUGCCAACAUUCUGAAAUGGAUGUCCUUCUUCAACUCUGAAAUCAUCAUCCCCCUUGUCGAGAAGUAUCUUCCCUUGGUCGGCAUCCGUCCCUACAACAAAGAGACGGUGGAUAUGUUCGCCAACAUGGCCCAGGCAGCUGUUGACGUGGUGGAAGAGCACCUGGACGGCAAAACCUUCCUGGUCGGUGGGGAGAUCUCUCUGGCCGACAUUUUCUGCGCCGGGAUUAUCUCCCUCGGCUUCAUGUUCUUCUAUGGCAAGGAAUGGCGCCAAGCCAACCCCAACGUCUCUCGUUGGUUUGAGCACAUUAUCAACCAGCCCAUCUACUCUGCUGUCACCGAGAAGAUCGAAUUCCUCGACGAACCAAAAUUGACCAAUGUGCCCCCCAAGCAAGGUGAGGCCGAGCCUGCUCCUGAGACCCUCAACUAA